AUGAGCAACUAUUCAAGAUUGUCGGACCUAGCGGCCCAAAUCCAAGCAUCAACUGAUACUGUUGACAAGUAUCUCAAAGACCAUAAUCUGCCGGCUCCAUCCUUUCACGAAGAUGGUCCUGUGGAUUUUGGGCUGAAUGACGAAGCUCAAAGGGCUCUAGAAACAGCAAAAACUUCUAGUCUUGAGCUAUUUGAUCUACUUCAGGGCCCAGCUGUUGCUCUUCGACCAGUGUAUAACGGGGUGAGCCUCCAAGCAAUAUAUCGUUAUGAUAUUGCCUCCAAAGUACCCAUAAAUGGAGAAAUUUCAUAUCAAGAUCUCUCUGAAAAGUGUGGGCUUAGUGUCAUCAACUUGCAAAGAAUUCUACGUUUUGCUAUGGUCUCGAAUCGUUGCUUUACAGAGCCACGCAAGGGUUUUGUGGCUCACUCAGCAGCGUCUAGGGUUCUCGUUGAUAACCCUAUGGCGCGUUCAGGCCUCGGCUUCAUGUUCGAUGAGUGCUGGCAAGCUUUUGCUCAUACGCUCGAUUCUGUCAGAGAUCAUGGAGAGACUGAAGAUGUUGCUAAAACAGGCUGGAGUCAUUAUCACAAAACUGACCAGGGUCUGUUCGAAAAUCAUUCAAGUCGUUCAGAGAUGUCCCGUCGUAUGGCCGAAGCUAUGAUAUGUUUUAGCAGCGCUGUAUCAGUAUCAUCCCAAGCAUACUUUUUGGUCAAGAACUAUCCCUGGAAUACUGUUGCUAAAGUUGUCGAUGUUGGAGGAGCACAAGGUCACAUUUCUAUCGAACUGGCACAAAGCUAUCCCAACUUAAAAGUUGUUCUCCAAGACUUGCCGGACGUUGUUGAGGGAAUUGAUAAAACUUUACCAAAGAACGUAAAAGACAGGAUCGAAAUCAUCGCGCACGAUUUCUUCACCGAUCAAACCAUUCAAGCCGACGCAUAUUUAUUCAGCCAAAUAUUUCAUGAUUGGCCAGAGGCUCAUUGCAUCAAGAUACUCCGAGCAUUGAUUCCACAGUUGAAACCUGGUGCUCGAGUCAUUUGCUAUGACCAUCUACUUCCAGAGCCUGGGACAAUACCCUUGCUUAGAGAACAAGCUGCGAGGUAUGCUUAUAACUCGGUUUCUUUACCUGUUCGGGGUAUGGAUAUGAUUAUGCUUUCUCUCUUCAACUCUCGCGAGCGCGAUUCCGAUGAUUGGGCUACCUUGUUCCAAGCUGCCGAUCCUCGUUUUAGGAAGCCAAAAGCGUGGAUUCCAGAAGGUAGCAGUUUAGGCAUCAAUGAAGCGGUAUGGGAGGGAGGUAGUAAAGGCGUACAAGAAUAA